GGUACCAGUCUAGUCUACGCUACGCUACGCUGCGCGUGGUCAGAGCUGUGUGUCAGAGCUGGAGCGAUGUCUGCAGGUGAGGGUACUCUUGAGAGUUACUGUGGCUCUAUAUUUUGGGAUAGCCAGCUGUCAUGGAACACCACGACUCCUGACCUGACACCAUGCUUCGAGUGGAGCUGCUUGCUGUGGGUUGCCUGCGGCUUCUAUUGGGUCUUCUUCCCCUUCCACUAUGCAUCCUUGCUCGGUUCCAAGGAGCCUCCCCUGCAACACAGCCGGUUCAGUGCGUCGCGGACGGUGCUGGCAUUGUUGCUGUUCAUCGUAGCAUUUACGGACUUCUCCUAUGCGCUCUACCAGUGGAAACACGAUGGGGUGAAUCUACCUAACAUCUACUAUGUGUCGCCAGUUAUAAUUGCCGGCUCUAUG